GUUGCUGACGCUGCUCCUCCGCCAUCUUCAACUUCCUAUUGUUUGCAUCAGACUGAGGCUGUCUCCGGUGUGUGUGAGAGCAGAACUGACCACCGUUACAGCACUGAAAUAUCAGAUUUACCUUUACAUUCGCGGUCGGUUAAGUUCUGCAUAAACCAUUUGUAUGUUAUUGGACUAAAUAUUUCUCAGGAAGCGACCACUGAACCUUUAUGAUGGAGGACGAUCAACCCAGAACCUUGUAUGUGGGGAAUCUGUCCAGGGAUGUCACUGAACCCCUCAUCCUGCAAGUCUUCACACAGAUAGGACCCUGCAAGAGCUGUAAAAUGAUAGUUGAUACGGCUGGAAAUGAUCCUUACUGCUUUGUGGAGUUUUAUGACCACAGGCAUGCUGCUGCCUCUCUGGCAGCCAUGAAUGGAAGGAAAAUAAUGGGUAAGGAGGUCAAGGUCAACUGGGCCACGACACCAACCAGUCAGAAAAAAGACACAAGUAAUCAUUUUCAUGUCUUUGUUGGAGACCUCAGUCCAGAAAUAACUACAGAAGACGUCAAAGCUGCCUUUGGUCCAUUUGGCAGGAUAUCAGAUGCUCGUGUUGUGAAAGAUAUGGCUACAGGGAAAUCUAAAGGCUAUGGCUUUGUGUCUUUCUUCAACAAAUGGGAUGCAGAGAAUGCCAUUCAGCAGAUGGGGGGUCAGUGGUUAGGAGGCAGACAGAUUCGAACUAACUGGGCUACGAGAAAACCCCCUGCUCCAAAGACCACCUAUGAAAAUAACUCCAAGCACCUUUCCUUUGAUGAGGUUGUGAGCCAGUCCAGUCCUAGUAACUGCACUGUGUAUUGUGGUGGAGUCAGCACAGGCCUGACGGAACAACUGAUGAGACAGACCUUCUCUCCUUUUGGACAAAUCUUGGAGAUCAGGGUUUUCCCAGACAAAGGUUAUUCUUUUGUGAGGUUCAACACCCAUGAGUCAGCAGCCCAUGCCAUUGUGUCGGUGAAUGGUACUUCAAUAGAGGGCCACAUAGUCAAAUGUUACUGGGGUAAAGAGACUCCAGACAUGAUGAACCCAAUGCAACAAAUGCCAAUGCCCCAGCAAAACAAGAUGGGCUUCGCUGCAGCCCAGCCCUACGGCCAGUGGGGUCAGUGGUACGGCAACGGGCCCCAGAUUAGCCAGUAUGUCCCGAAUGGUUGGCAGGUCCCCACAUACGGCGUCUAUGGCCAGGCUUGGAACCAACAGGGCUUCAAUCACUUACCGGCCAGUGCUGGGUGGACUGGCAUGAGCACCAUCAGUAACGGUGGGGUUAUGGAGCCUACACAGGGAUUGAAUGGGAGUAUGCUAGCCAACCAGCCUGGUAUGGGAGCUGCAGGAUACCCCACACACUGAUAAGUGGGCAGGGUAGGAAGUUUGACAACUAUCAGCCUCUUAUUGGCUGUACAGUGCCCUGAAGGGUUGUGUAACACCGCCUCCAUUUGUGUCAGGAUAAAGACUUUCACUGGGAUGUGGAACCUAAUGGGAUCAUUGAUGCCGGUAGAAGAUGUAAAUGGGAUUUUGUUUUGGGGGGUGGGGGAGUUGAAGUAAUGGGAGCCAGGGAGGAUCCACAGGUAUUUACACCUUCUGUGGCGAGCAAGACCGGCCACCUACCAGGAGUUUUUUUUAAGUUAACUGUAAAUGAGUAUAAAACUGUAAAGAAGACAUUUUUUUGGAUUCUUUUCUUUUGGGGUUUUAAAAAUUGCUUCCAUUUUCACUUUUUUUUUCGGGGACAGCCACAGAGAGGUUGGUCCUUUUCCUUUUGGAAAGAAAAGGUAAAGGCUGAGUCAAGUUAUGAACCUUAGUUAUCAUUUGAGAAACAGAAGACGUUGUUCUCUUUCUCUUAGAUUAAAAUCAAACGCAGGGAUCCUUGUCACUGCUGUUUCUCUGUAAGGGCAGAUAAAUAUUGCACAGUUUUUGCUCUUGGGUAAAUUUGACGAGCGUUUUUGUUUCCCCGUUUUGUUAUUGCUCCUUCAGGCCACCUCAAAUCUUUUUCACCAUGUGUAAAUAACCAUUAAUUCAUUUGAACCAGUGUAAGUAAAAAUGCUACUGUUAACUGUGGGUGCUUGCUUUUUUCCCCUCCACUUUUUGUUUGAUAACUCUACAGUUAACUCCAACAUUGUACGUAGCAGAGUGGCACUAUCAAACGUGACACUAGCACAGUGCAACACACGAGAUUCUUCCAUGCAGGGAUGACAGCAUUGCCAUGCAGUGCAUACUUAAAAUUUAACACAAUUUAAUGUUAAAGGGUGAACAUGUUUGACACUUUUGAUGUUUUUUAAAUAGCUAAUAAAAUGCCAGUAUUUUAUAUCGAUCUGGGUGGACUCGACCUUUUCACUUGUUGUUUUUGGGGAGACACAGGGAGGCCUACAUUGUAACUGUUGCCUUAUAGAGCUGGUUUCUUUUAGCUGACAAGAUCCUCUUUUUAAUUAGGCAGUGCCUACAGACAUUUUCAGACCCUUUUGUUUAGAAAGGUGUUAGCCCUGAGAACUGAUGACUCUGCUACUGUAAUCAAUGUUUUCUUGCUUUGUCCAAUUAAAAUGCUAAUGCACAAACAA